CCUAAAUGAUCCAAUAUUUUGUCGAUGACUAGAUGGCUCAAGCUUCCAGAUUCUGAGCAUUCUAUUGGUUUUAGAAAGGUGUUCUCAGGUUUGUUUGGAAGGUACGACAGUAUCCUACUAAGAAAAUAGAAGUUUCAGAACCUAAAGUAAUAUUCUGGGACAAAUUAUUUGCCUCCAAAGAUGAACUUUGUCGGUGAAAACUUUAGGUCAUUUGGGAGGUAAUGUUUGACCUGUGUCACACUAUUUAGAGAAUAUAGCGGACAUUUUCAGGAUUCAGAAGCAGACUUAGUAAAAAUGUGUUUGUGAGUUGUCAACAAGUCAGACAGUGUAUUCUUUGAAACAUGUGGAUUAUUUCUGAAAGAAGUGACAAUUAUUUGCAUGUGUACUUUCAUUAUAAUUACUGGCAUGUGGGUGCAGAUAAGAUCUGUUGGUGUAAAUUUGGAGUAAUGCAAUAUAUCCAUUUACCUGAAAUGUUAUAAAUCACUUUGCUUAUAUUUCUUUUUACCUGCUUUAAAAUCAUCCAACACUUAUGUAUGUGUACAACUUCAAACUAGGUUGUGUUAUUAUAUUUAUUAUUUUGUGCCAGGUAAGCAAUGAGAAACAUGUUCUAACUCAAAGAGCAGGUGACAAGGCAAGACAAGCAGUAUCAUUUUUGUUUAGAUUAUUUGCCUUAUUGAUGAUUCUUAUGAAAGAAGUUUUUUUACCUGCAUGCCGUGUUUACCCAAUCUGAGCAAGCCGUGCUAAUUGGUUAAGUAAUAUUGACUGAAGUUUCAAUGUUUUGUAUACGUUUGUAUGUUAUUCAUUUGCUUGUAUGUAUUUUGAGAUAAAUACAAACUAGUGUCUUGGUAAAGCAGGAUUUAAGUUUACCUAAUUUAAACCAUUGUUUAAAACUCCAUGCGUAGAUGUACAAAUGUUGUUACGUUGCUGACAUAUUCAUGAGUGUAAGUUUUAAAAAUAUUUCCAUAUAGAUGAGUUAAUUAUCAACAGAUGUGUCUUUAAUAUGUAUAUGAACUGAAGAAAUACAUCUGUGGUAUUCUGUUGUUAUAUAGAUGAUGUAUUGGUAUCUAAAAAUACGUAAAGCCAAGAGCAUUCAAGUUGGAAAAUUAAGAAUUGUAGAUGAUAGACCUAUAUAUUGUUUCAUUUCAACAUUUUGAUUUGUUUUCAUUUUUUAAAAAUUAGUCUCUUACAAUCUAGUGAGUGAAAAAAUGAAAUGGACUAUUAUGAUAUUUAUCACAACUUCAAUGGAGAGCUGGGAUCAAGAAAACUUAAGAGAAAGAAAGUACAGAUGUAGGAACUAAACCAACACCCAUGGGGAGGAGUCAUUUGAUGUUUAAGAUUUAAGGACAGUAAACAGACUCUAUGUAGUCUGUCAGCACACGGGGUUAUAAGAAUGUACUAGGAGGAUUCCCUUGUGAACAAUUGUGGACAUGCUUCGCUGGAAACGCUUGCACUCUGUGAUCACCCCAUCCACCAGGGACGAAGCUAAUUUUACAGUGACAGGUGUAAAACUAACCUUACCUGAGAUUGCUAAGGACCUGUCAAUUAUAUCAGCCGAGGAUUUAUACCUGAGAGAUGAAGUGCAAGACGGCGACAACUGGCAUCAGGAUUCACCAUCACAGGCUUUUGUCACCUUCGUGAACGGUGCUCCGGCAAAUCAACGUGGCAAUUCAGCCAUCACUGAGGAUAGUGUUCAAUGUCAACCAAGCACUUCUAAUGAAAUGUACAGCACCAGGGCUAUACUGGAGCACUUUAACCCUUUUAAAUACAGAUUUCCUGUGGGGAAUGUACGAAAUCGCCCGAGCACAUCUCAUGAACUGCACCGUUUCAGAGCUAAACCUGAGCACUGUAACCCUGUUACCUUCAGAUCACCUGUGGACAAUGUACAAAAUCGCGGGAGAACAUCUCAUGAAUUGCACCGCACCAGAGCUAACUCUGAGCACUCUAACACUGAUUUACCUGCUAUGGAGAAUGAACGAAAUCGCCCCAGCACAUCUCAUGAACUGCAUUGCACCAGAGCUAAACCAGAACACUCUAACCCUGAUUUAUACAGACAUCCUGUGAACAUCCAUCCACAGAGGUCUGAUGAAAUAUAUGUUAAAGUUCAAAAGCCAAGGGAGACCAACCGUAGAGUUUGCAGAUCUCAGACUGCUCUUCCUGUAAGGAACUUUACACAGAAAAGAUCUACGUUGCGUGCUCCUCUAUCAAGGCAGUCACGCUCAUCAGCUGCCUCACUUCCACCUGCCCCUCCUCCCUCUACGACACCCAGCAAGUCAGCUAACUUCAAUAGGUCUAGCACUGCCCCAUAUAGUGAAGGAAAUACAGUGGGGAUAUCUCUACCUCCCACUGUAGUAGAAAAGACAACAGGAGAGGACAGGCCAUCUGCGUCAUUGGCUCUCGGUGGUCCUGGGGGAGAUGAGAGUUGUGACUCCACACGCCUAGAUGCUCAGAGUGAUAAGGACUCCAGCACCCUCAGUAAAGCCCGUACCCACAGUAGACAUGGUUCCACAUCCUCCAUCAAUACAGACCUCUCUGUCCACUCCAAGACAUCCUCAGCUUACUUCAUAGAAAAUAUAUAUGCUCAACAUGAAAGGAAAAAAUUUGGUGUGCGAUGGGACACAGAUUCUUUGACAAGCAAAGCUGAGAGCGGUGGAAAUUGCAGUGAGGGGAAUGAGAGUAGCAUCGUUAAUGGUGCUGAAAACACUCAUACCACAGAUCAAACCCAUCCUGAGGUGAUACCAAGGCCCUUAACUCCUCUGUUAUCAACUAUUAAGGAGACAGAGUUGGUUGAGACAGUAUCAAGGAUUGUCACUGAUGGAGAUAAUGUUAUAUCACAGAUACAAGUACAGGAGGAGGACACACUGAACAAAAACUCCAAUUCCUUGCCAGAUGUUACAAAAACUGUAGUUACGAGGAAACCACUCCCCAAAAAAGUUAAAAAGGAAAGGAAACCUCUGAAGAAAAGUGCGCAAAAACCAAAGAUUCUUACACCUCCAGCAUCACCGUCUCCAACACCUAGUGAUAGAAAACUUAGCAUUCAUGCAGUCAUCAGUAUCGUGGAAACUGAGGAAAAGGAAUCUUCCUUUGAUACAGAACUUCCACCUGUAGUAAUCCCAGACAUUCCUCUACCCUCAAUACAUGAGGGUACACCUGAGCCAAAACUCAAAAUCAAAAACCAGAUGGCGCUACCACCAACCUCCAACCCUAAGAGGAGUGUUCGACAUCGCAAGGCCUCACUGAAACAGUCUUCCUAUGCAGAAGAGAGGAUGCGGCUGGAACUUGCAGAGAAGCGGAGGAAGAAACAGCAGAUUCUGUUGGAACGUCUGAAAAUGAGGACAUACCCUCAGCCCCAGGAAGAGUGUACUCAGAUAGAAAAAGAUAGUGGACCAAGAUUUGAAGACUAUGAUUUUUUGGCCAAGUACUGUAUAUUUGAUAGAGGAUCACAUCACAGUUUCAAGGAAGCGUUUCAGUCUGUAGAUCCAGAUAAUCCAUGGUUGUCAGGGCAACAGGUGAUACGUGCUCUGAAAAGCCUGAAUACAAAACUGUCAGAAGUAGAAGAUGAAUAUUUACGCAGGAUUUUAGAGCUCAUGGGAUACGAUGUUUCAACAGGGGCAGAUUUCAAGCUGUUUUCUGUCAUUGCUGCCUUGUCAAAACGAAUUUCUGCCUUAGAUGAUUGGAUGAAAGAUUUGAUCGGGAAAAUAGAUUUUGCCAGUCUGGAGAUGAAGAUGGACCUGUGGAAGGCCUUGUGGGAGUGCAGUGUGGACACCGAGUCUAAUACAGUAUCAUUAGACCAGCUCUGUGUGGAACUCCAGGCAGGUGGGAUCAGCAGAGAACAUCAGUUUGAUGUGCGAAGGAAGCUGGGUCACCUAACCUCGCUAGAUCUUCUGGACUUCCUCUCGUACAUACCCUUGUUUGUUAUUAUUCACGAGUCGGUUGUGAAGAAUCCUUUCAGUAAUAGACGAGAGAAGUGAUCAGUGGUUGGAUUUUCCUAGUUUUUUUUGUUUCACAUUUGCUCUGAAGGAUUUACAUGGCUGUGCCAGUGGGUAACAUAAUUAUUCAACAAAAUAACAGAAAGUUUUCGUCAACAAAAACUGCAAACAUGUAAAAUAGAAAUUAUUUUUUCAGACAAGUUAUGUUUGGAAAACAACAUUCAAGUCGGAUAGUGCUGAAGAAGUAAUAUCAUGGGCUGAAUGCCAUAAGAAUCUUCCAUUUCACCCCAGUCACAGAAUUGUACAGCUGCUAACACUUUCUUGGUUGAAAUGUAGAAAUCUUUAGUAAAAAAAAAAUUAAAAUUUCGUUAACAGAAUGCAUCAAAAAUUCAACUUAUGUUAACACUGAUAUUGAAGAGAAGUUGUAAUGCUGAAUGUGUGAUGGUGAUCAUUUAUCUGAGUAGGACAUUAAACAGGAAGAA